AUGGCCCUUGCCAAAAAGCUCAACAUCCCAGAUGACUCGCCAUUGCGCAAGGCUGAUGAUAUCCCUCUGCCAUUCCCUCCCCCUCCUCCUCCAAGUCAUUCUGAAGAAGAAUCCGAAUCUGAGUUUGAAGAUGUGGAGGGGGGUGAGGAGGAGGGUUUAAUAAGAAAAUCCAAGGAGGCUGUUGGGGCUAAGUCUCCUUCUCUGAAUGAGCAGAGGGAGGUUUCUGCCCUCAAAAAGGAGAACAAAGCUAUUCUAACAAAGAUGAAGAAGCUGGACGAUCAGGCCGAGGCUGCCACUAAGGCCCAACAGAUGGCCGAAGAAAAAGCGGAGUCUGCUGAAGCCAUCAAAAAAGUUGCCGAGGCCGAGAAGAAAGAUGCCGAGGUAAAAAAGGCUCAAGCUGAAAAAGAGCUCGAGCAGGCCCUGGUAGUUACCAAAGAUGCUGAGAUUAAAGCCGAUGAAAAAGCUUACGCCUAA